CUUCACACCAUUUCGUUUACAGCAGGUGCUUAUUCACUUGUAUCUCUAGGUUUUCGUAUAGUUUUCAACCCUUAUCGGAGUUCGUUUUGCUUAGUGGUGCCAAAAAUAAAACUCGAAAAUGACCAGUAUAGAAACAGUGGGAACUGUGGUGUUAAAGUUUCUAAAACUCGCCAUAAACAUCAUAUGCAUCUACCUCUACAGAACCGGCACAGAUGGUACCUUCCUUGGAGUCGGUGGUACCUGGAAUAUGGCCGAGAAUAAAAAUGCGGACGCAGAAAUUUUCGCGUCCGGAAUUUUUAUCGGUUAUUUGAUUUAUACUUGUGCUUCGUUGGUGUCGUUGUGUUUUGCUGCUGGUGAUCAUAAAAACACCUUCACCGAUAUUCUUAUGAAUGUUUUUGGAAUCUUCCUCUGGAUUGCUGUAGGAGCCACUGCUCUUCACUAUUGGCACGGAUACCUCAGCGAACAUAAGUACACGUAUGUGAAUUCAGAAAGACAGGUCGGAUUGGCAUUGGGGUCCCUUUGUGUUUUGAACGGUGCAGUCUACCUGAUCGAUAGCGUUAUUUCGGUUAUUUUCCUAAUAAAGGCCAAAUUUAAUUAGGAUAGUCGGUCAAUACUAAAAGUUAUCUGAAUACGUUUUUUUAUGAAAGUUAAUUUUAAGGUAUUUUUAUUUGAGAAUGCAGCUUUUAUACAAAAUUCAAAUUAAACGGGAUUUUUUUCAGUAUUUAUAACUAGAUAAGGUUAAUCAUGAGAAUAGUAUGAGCCAAAAAAUAGUUAAAAGACUUAUCUCUUUAAAUCUGUACAAAAGUUAAAAGUAAAGAAUAUUAGUUGGGUUUUAAAAUAGCUUAUUUUAG